AGGGUCGGGCUGGAGGGGCGUGGCUUAGGGCGUGUGUCGGGCGUGCCCGCGGCGGCGCCGCUCGGGAUGGUCCCCGCGGUGCUGCUGCUGCUGUUGGGCUUCGCCCGGCUGGGUCCGCGCCCGGCGCGCUGCCCGGAGGCUCCGCGCACCCCGGACUGGCGGAUGACGCUCAAGACCAUCCGCAAUGGGGUGCACAAGAUUGACACGUACCUCAAUGCCGCCCUCGACUUCCUGGGCGGCGAGGACGGGCUCUGCCGCUACAAGUGCAGCGACGGAUCAAAGCCUUUUCCUCGCUACGGGUAUAAACCUUCACCACCAAAUGGCUGUGGAUCCCCUCUGUUUGGAGUUCAGUUUGACGUUGGUAUCCCUUUGAUGACAAAGUGCUGCAAUCGCCACGACAGAUGCUAUGAUACUUGUGGCAAUGAAAAAAAUGAUUGUGAUGAGGAGUUUCAGUCCUGUCUCUCCAAGAUUUGCAGAGAUGUGCAGAAAACACUUGGAAUCUCAGAGAGUGUUCAAGCUUGUGAAUCAACAGUGCAGCUGUUGUUUGAUGCAGUUAUACAUUUAGGAUGUAAACCAUACCUGGAUAGCCAGAGAGCUGCAUGUAUGUGUCAGUAUGAAGAUAAGACAGAUCUCUGAAAGAAGAUACUGAGAUCUCAUCGUGUAGCAUAAAGUCGAAGAUUCAGCUAGAAUGAAGCAAGUGUUUGGAUUCAAAGCUUUAUGCUUUUCGGACAACAGUAUGUUAAACAUUGACAUGAAUAUACUGGUUUGAAAGUCACUAUGAUAUUCUUCCUUAUGUAAAAUAUAAACAAGUCUUCCUUCUCUUCCCCUUUGCACCAGAGGCUUGGAAACUGAAAUGGGUUUCCUUUGGUGUAUGUCCUCUCAGGGUAUGCUAUUGUAAAACACUAGUGCCACUUUAAAGUUUUGAAGGAAACUCCAUAAUGGAGAAAUUGGAGGCACAGAAGAGUUGUAUUGAAUUCUCGGAUGAUUUUUAAUAUAGGUCAAAUUUCAGGUUUACUAGCAGUUGAUGCACCAGGUAGAUCCAACAGGAAAGAGUGUUCUCUCUGUGUUAAAAUGGCAUCUUAAAUAGCCUGUUCUUUCAUGCUUUUGGUGCAAUUACCUUCAGUUCUCUAUGAUGUAUCCUGUCUUGUGGAUAUGUUUUUUUUUUUAAAAAAGAAAAAAGGUAUAGAUCUGCACUACAUAUUUUUACCAGAUUCUCUAUCAACCAUACCUGCAGCACUCUUCAGAUCAAAUAUGUUGAUCCAUUCAAGGCUUGACCACUAAAAUGAAGUUUGCAACCUAAGGAUGUACUUUGGAUUUGACAAAACGGUGGAAUGUAGUUGCUAUAUUAUUUUAAAAAUUGAUUGAAUGUUUAUUUUUCAAAUAAAACAUUUUAUGUUGUGUAUUGUAUGCAUAGAAAGGAUAUAUUGUUCAAAUAAGUUGAUUUGUAUUUGUCUUGUGCCACAGCUUGGUUAGAAUAUUUGUCUUUGCUUUCAUUUAGUCCAUUCUGAUGAAAAUAAAAGGAAGCUCCACAGAUGGGGUUAGUAUGCCCAAUGAACCCUUUUAUUUAAAAUACCCUCUGUGAGGCUGGCAGGUAUUUGAACCUGUACUUCUGUCAUCUCUUCAUUCUCCGACUUCUCUAGCUGAUAUCAUCUGAUGUCUGAAUUAUUUGAGGUUUGUUCUCUGUACUGAUCUUUCAUUGUUUAUCUCUGAUUGUCAGAUUUUAAUUAACUUUUGCAUUGGUUCCUCUGUCAAAGAUCUUGAUUUGUAUUCUUGGUGCCUUGGUUCUGCUUUGGAAAUCCACAGGAGGAUAAAACUAAAUUUUAAGUGUUGCUUCUGUGAACAGGGAGUGGAAACCUAAAAUUUAAAAUUUACCAGACUCGUGGACUAACUAUAAUGUGAUUUCUCCUCUGGAAGUACUUUUAUGUGUUUUUUCCUUUACCAGUUAUUUGUGGUAUUCUUGUUUUGUUUUUCACUAGAGCUUACUGUACAUUACACUGAAUGCAAGUGCCUCAGAGAAUAAAGUUCCUGCUAAAG